AUGGUCAUUUUCUUCUCGACGCCGGAAACAGGCUAUGGUAACCUGCCAGGUGACAUGACUUUCUGGGACUAUGUUGAGAAAAAGCAACUUGGAGCCACUAAAGUUGAAUGGUCAGUAACAAGCGAAUGGUCUCCCGAUGGACUUUAUUUCAUGAGUGCUACAACAUCUCCAAGGCGACAAAUUGACAAUGGGCUGGAGUCGCUUCUACUUAAAAAGAAGUUGUUGAACGGUGGGAAUACACCAAAUGAUCAUGCUUGUAAAGUAAGAUUUUCCCUAAUUUCCAUUUUGCAUGGUGUUAGUACAUUUACUCCAUUGAAGGGGCUUUUCAUCCAAGGUCCCGUCUUUGUCAACUUUUUUCUUGGUAUUCAUAACAUGGUGGAAAAGGUCCCAUCUUUCCAAAAUGGUGGCAUCUCUUGGUUCAUUGACCUUACGACUGCUGAUACUUUCUACAUUCUUCCUUGUUUGACUGCAUUUUAA